CUGUAUUCUUCAGAGAAGUUUUGUUUUGAACAGCUCUCUCUCUCUCUCUCACUCUCUCUCUCUCAGUGGGCGUGGUUCUUCAUGCAUGUCAGUGUUUGUAGGUAAACGGACAGACUUGAUCCGCACAGCUAUCCGCAUUCUCCGCGGUUUAGGUUUAACAGCAGCGGGAGCCAUGUCUUUCUUCUUCAAAGGAGCGGUUACAAGUUCUCCGGUUAAGACCAGGAGGCAGGAGGCUGAAUAUAUUUGUCACAGUCUUGACGUUUCCCACUUUUCUGACUCCUCCUUUGAGUGUUUCUCCACCAAUCCACUGACAGGCUCUGUGUGCGCAUGCCGCCGAAGCCCACGCCUACUAGCCAAUGGUUAUUAUGUUAUAACAGAGGACAGUUUUACCACAGAUGAUGAGGGUAAUGUCACCCUGACUCCCUCACACACCAGCGUCUCAUACAAAGAGAAUCUUGUCCGCAUAUUCAGACGAAAGCGCCGGGCAAAAAGAUCACUGGUCAGUCUUCUAAGUGAUGUGAGCCAAUCAUGCCAAUCCUGGCUGGAAGAAAGUGUAUUUAGAAGAUCUGUCCCCAUCACUCCAUUCAAGUCAUCAUCAUGGGAGGAGGUAGACGACAGCUAUGAGACAAACACACCCAUCAGCUUUACCUAUGAUCCCACAGAUCCUGUUUACUCCCCUGAUAAAGUGCCUCAGACUCAGCUAGAAGAGGAGGAGCCUCCAUGUGAGUCAUGCUCCGCCCAUGAACAAUUCAGCCAAUCAGUGAGUGGCCUCCUGGAUGUUCCUCCCCCAUCCAUGUGUCAACUCAAUAGUUAUAGCUCAUCCAGCAAGACAUCAGAAACUGUGCUUAUGAAAGUCCUUCUCCUCAUCCUUACUUUGUGCCUCUGCAUUGCCAUCUCCUCUGGGUGGCUGCUGGGAAGUGUUUCUACAGCAGUGGCAUUCAUGGUUCUGCUUUCAUCAAUAUGUAUGUCUAAACCUGGAACCACAGUGCGCUGGAGGAGAGCAAAGACUGAGGACAUCACCUCCAGAAACGAGUGAGGAGGAACCACACAUACACACACACACAUCUGUGUAAACUCUGUCCAGAGGAGGCCAGAGGAAGUGAGUUUAUGGACACACAUCCUGCAUCAGCGUUAAAUAUUAGUUAUAGAUCAGUUUUUGUAGUGGUGUUUUCACUGAUCAGCUAAAGAGUUCUGAAUAUAAUAAUUACUGAAGAGUUACCGGAACCAGUGAUGGCAGAUGACUGUCACAGGAAAUUUUACGUGCUAAGAUAAGCAUGCAUUUUUUUUAAAUAGAUGGACAUAUCAAUGCAGAAUGACCAUUCAGUAAAUGUUCAAGAAUUUGAUCAAUGUUCCUAACUGAAAGACUGGAUUGCAUUAUGAGGGAUUCUUUGAGUCAGUGGAGAUGCCCUGCAUGACAGAGCAUAGAAGUGAAAUGUAUCAGUUGUAUUUGUAAAUGCAUCAGCUUGGCUUGGUCAGACUCUUUAACAUGGUGACCAGGGCAUUAUGUUUCAUUGCCCAGCUUGUUUAGUCAGAUUAUCAGAUUAUAAAAAUACAAUUUAUUGCAAAACCUAGUUUAAAAUAAUAAUAUAAUGGCUUUGCAGGGUAUCUUUAACUUUUGAGAAGUUGUAGCAAAAAAAAAAAAAAUGCCAGUUUAGCUUUGCACAGAUGCCUCAUAUUUGUCAAGUGCCUUUGUUAUACAAAACAGGAGGAGUGUUAUUGCCAUUUGCCAGGGUUAAAGUCACACGUCCAGAGUGUUGCUAAUAGGAGCGCAAUAAUUGGAUUUAUUAUAAAAACCUUGCACUUAAAAAAUAGGAUUUAAAGCUCUUAUUUCACAAGGACUUAAGACAAUUAAACCUUGUUUGCAGGGAAUUAGUGCUGCCAAAGAAGAACAUGUUCUUGAUUUACUGUAUAAUAGGUAUAUCAUUUUGUCGCAUUGAUACAAGGUGCCUGCUCUCACAGAAAGUUUGAGUUGAAAACUGUGAGUAAAAAGCAGUAUCUGUACAACAUAACCAAAAUGCAUGAACUUAUAUCCUCAGAAGGGAAUGUCUAGUUUAAAAAAAAAAAAUUUUUAGGAUGAUAAAAACUUUUUUUUUUUUUAAACAAAGAUUCAAAGUUUGUAGACAGUGGAGUUUUUUAAAGGCAGUUCUGUUUUGAAGAGAACAAAGACAUUCAUGAGGAAACAAAAGCAAAGCAAGGAUAAAAUGAAGUGUUUAAAGUAAUAGCAUCUCAGUUUUAGAGGUUUAAAACUAGAAAUCUGAGCACAAACAUGUUUGAGACCAAGCCAAGGUGAAUGAGUGAAUUAUUAAAAUGCAUUUAUCUUAGCCAGUCUAUAUCUAAUGUGUUUAUAUGAUCUGUAUUUUCUUUGGUGUUUACUGCAAAUGUUUUUGUAAAGCCAAUGAGCAAUGAAACAAGAAUUAAUAUGGCUCUAUAAAAUAGUCUAUAUUUACUGUAAAAUGUUCUGUAGAAUAUUUAUCAUUAUUAGGUGCCAAGCACAGACAGUUUAAAGGUGAGGAAGCUGAAUGGACUUAAGCCGUUUCUGGCAAAACCGUACAUGAUAAUGUAAUAUUAAAGGGCUGACGACGCCACCUAUUGGGCAAAAGUUAUAAGUAAUUCUAUUUAUGGACUUGAAAGUGCUUGUCCUUAAAUCCUUACCAGGAAUGCUAUGUCCAAUCAGAUUUACACAUCAUUUAAAUAAGGUUUUUGUUACUGUGCCUGGUCCUGUGAAUGCUGCUUGCAGCUACAUUUAUAAUUAUUAUUAUUGUUAAUACAACAAUCAGUUAGAUGAGGGAUAUUAUCAAUUAGUCUGUUGUAUCCCUUCAGAAAUGGGAUAAAAAAUGUU